AUGAUUCCGCGUGCUGGAUUACCCUUCUGGAGGACCUUCACGGCGCCUUUUGGGAGAGGCCGGCAGCCUGCAGUGGCACGGCAACUGGUGAAUGAGGCUGGUUUUGAGGUGGGGGUCACCAUGUCCCCGGAGGAGGCGGAUCGCUUGGGUCUGAAGCCCUUCGGCGACGGGGGCGCCGCCAAUGAAAGCACCCCGAAGCGGCCGAAGCUCUACACCCACGGCCCCUGCGCCUCGCCGGCGGCGGCUCAGUUUGUGGUUCCGUGUCUGGGCUUCGAAGACGCCCAUGAAGCAGAGAGGCGGCGCCUGGCGCGGGAAGCCUUGCGGCGGAUGCGCGACAAUGGCUUCGUGGUCUUGGAGAGUCUGCUGCCGCAGGAGUGGGUGAGGAAGCUGGAAGCGGAGGCGCAGUCGUUCCUGUCGCUGCCGCAGCCGGGGCUCAUCCCGCAGCCUCUCCGUGCAGGGCGAACAGAGGGCCACCUGUCCUUUACCGCGCCCUGGGCGAGCGACUGGCUAUUGAAGAAUGAGCUGGUUCUGGAGGUGAUUGCCGGCUACAUGAACAACAACUUGGCAGCCGGCCGAACGCAGGAGGAGCAGCAGUGGAGCUUGGUUCAAUGGCUCACCUCAGGAGCGCACCUGGAGUGGUUCGAGCUCUGUGGCCCAAAGCCUGGGCAGUUGCUGGAAACUCCCCCGCCGGGCUGCAGCGAUGUGGGUACUCAGGACGAGACCGGGCCGUUCUUCGGCCGCAUCUCCCUCAUUCACACGCCGCCAGGCGCGGAGCCGCAGAAGCACCACAGGGAUAUCAACUUCCCGGGUCCGGCGGCGCAGGUGACCGCGCAGGUGGCGCUGACGCCGCUCGAGGCGAACAAUGGCCCUCUGGCCUAUGUCCCGGGAUCUCAUCGCAUGCUGACGCCCGGCUUCGAGGUGGUGGCCAACCCUCCCCUGGGCUCGGUGGUGCUCUACGACUCCUUCUGUGAGCACCGGGGCAUUGAGCAUCACGGCCACAGAGACCGCUACGCCAUGUACUACGAGUUCGAGACCCGGGGGGUCUUCAGCGGCUACACCGCCACGCACUUCGGGCCCGAGAGCGAAAGCCACAUGCAGGCCUUCCGUGGCUUCGUGGACCCAGAGCUCCGGGCCUGGGUGGGCCGAAAUGUAUCUCUGGCGCUCUUUCCCUCGGUGACCUUCCGCAACGUCACCUUGCAGGUGAACUUCAGUCCAGCGCUGCUGAGGCCGCUACCUUUCAAGUGCCACACUUGGGCGCAGGCAGCCAAAGCGCACGCCGAGGCGAAGCCUUCGGCGGAGCCCAAGGACGGCAAAUACGAGGUGGUGUUGCCAGUGGGUUUGCCAGACGAGGGCACCUUCGAUUGGGUGGAUCAAUUCUUGGCCAAGAACAAGAACUACACCGAGCUGAGCGACCGUGCCAUCCUGGACUGGGCCAUGAAAAGUGGCCUGCAGCGCUCCGGAGGGUACCUCAGGAGGAGGUCCAAUGACAGCCCGGAGAUGAGCUUCGGAUUGCCGCUCAUGGAGGACUACAGCAUUAGCCAGGCCUGGCAUUUGGAUCUCAAGAUUGGACUUUAG